UUGAUUAUAACCGGCAUUUUUGUUUCGUGAUAGUUUGCUUUGGCUAACUGAAGCCCAAUUGCUUUAUAAAAAUGGUUUCCUUGCAAGAUAUGUCCACCAUUCAUUCACCCGGUUCGUCUUCUCCAAGAGGAAGACUUUGUGUGUUACCGCAGCGCGAAAUACAAAGUUCCACGUUUCGGUUGGACUAUUAUCCGGAAAUUAAUAUAAAUUGUGAUGCAUUUAAUAGCACCUCAAUUGCUGGCUCGUCCCUUGCAUCGGCGAAAUGUUCAGAUUCAUGGCGCAAUGUAUUGGUGCCGGUCAAUGAGGGAAUUUUGAAAAGAAUUACACGCACAUUUUUCGAGAGCGGCUUUGCGGAAGCUUUAAAUGAAGCCCGUGACACACAGGUGUCCGGUGGUAACACCAUGAUAUCAUCCGUUGCAGAGUUCACUUUCCGCACUCUGGAGUUCUUUAAACGUGUUAAAUCCAAAGUAUUCCCUCACAUGAAAGAGCAGGGUAUUGCUUCAAUUGCCAAACAUUCAGAGACUAGAGACUGGAUACGUUCAUAUAUACGGUGCAUUGUUUGGCAUCCGAAUUGCUUUAAGAUUGCAGUAGCCGGUAUGGAUGAUAUUGUGCGUAUAUACACAGAUGAACCGGCCAUUGUCCCAGUUCUGAAGAGCUCUUCCCAAAAAUGGAUUACAAGCAUGGCAUGGCGUCCUUACACUGCCGCUGAGUUGGCUGUCGGUUGUCAAAAAGGCAUUUGCCUGUGGACCAUGGAUAAUAACAUGCACAUCACACGCUCCACAUCGCAGGCCAUAUUUUUAAAACAUCCAAAUCAUUGCCCCAUAACAUCGGUCCAAUGGAAUUCGGAUGGCACACUCUUGGCUUCGGCUUCCAUUAGUGAUACAGAUGUUAUUAUCUGGAACGUGGAUAAAAUGCAAAAUACAGCUCUAAAACGCGUUGGCCCCCCUUGUUCUCUACUCAAAUGGUCUCCAAAUAGCUCAUGUUUAUUCUCCUCUACAGUCACCAAUGUGUUUCGCGUCUGGUCAUGUGAAAAUAAAUGGCAGCCAGAACGUUGGACCAUUACUCAAGGCACUGUACAAUCGGCAUGUUGGUCACCAUGUGGUGGAUUUUUAUUAUUUGUAACAUCGGAGGAAUCCAUACUGUAUCGUUUGCAAUUUUUCGAAGAGCAGAUUUUCCAAAAUGGUUCAUCACCUAAACAGGCGUUGCCUGUUGCUGAUUUAAGCAAAAUCACGGUGGACGAUCGUGAACUUGGUGGUCAGCCCCAGUGUGUGGCUUGGGAUCCAAAUGGUCUCUAUUUGGCCAUAACUUUUAAAGAUACCCCCUGUAUUGCCAUUUUCUCCACAUGUGUACAGAAAUUUAAUCUAUCCAUUUCUCCUGCUUGUUUCCUGUCCGGCAAUGGCAAUGAAUAUCCUUCAUAUGUGUGCUUUCAAAGUAAACAUCGUAAAAAUAACGAUACAGUUUUAACCAUAGGCUGGUCCAGUGGUCGUAUACAAUAUUUUCCAUUUGGUAAUAUGUAAGCCAAAUUAAAAUAAAAAUCAUAUAUUUGUUUUAUUUAUUAAGGUACAUAAAUAUAAUAUGCGUUUUUUUUUU